AUGUCUUUGCAAUCCUCAGCUCAGCUGGGAUUCGCUGCCUCAGUUUUCACAUUCGCAUCAGCUGGCUUGCCUCUGUCGUCGCGGAACUUUGCCAAGCCAGCGCCGAGCCUGCCCACGCUUGGCUGCACACGAGUUGACUCGUCGUCCUCGGUCGCUGAUGUGGCUCAUCCGGAUGCCUUACUGCUGAUACAAUCUUGCGCGCGCGUGGAGCUGGCAAUUUUGGUGCUGGACCUCUUGAGACCUGGUCCGCCUUUGCUGCUUCAAUCUCCCACUCGAAUGGGAUCUGCUUUGCCACCGUCUGGCUGCGCGUGCACGGGGAGCAGCAUGAUGGCCCUGGACAGUGUAAGCCCAGGUGUUCCGCUCGCAAUCCGCAGUGCGCUGAAACAAAGCGGCGAAAUCUCCCUGGGACAAGAUCUGAAUGUCAACGGCUACGGCAGAUUUGGAAAUUGGUCGUCAGUAUUCAGUUAUUCCAAUCUUGCAUCGACAAUGCCAGCGAGGUCAUUUGCAAGGUUUGACCUAUUGGUGCCCGCUCUUGACUCAACGCACCUCGCGCCAAGCUUGCCACUACAUAGCUGCGCACGUGCGGACGCCUCCCUGGCGGUCAUGGCCUUGACCCAUCCAGGCACUUUUCUGGCUGCGUUGGACGUGGCUGGCCUGGGUCUGCUGCUGCCAUCGCAUAGGAUGGCCUGA